UUGUCAUCGAUAGAUUUAACCAAUGGUCAAAGUUGCUAUAGCUGGCGGCAGUGGCGUCCUAGGCCGGUCGUUGGUCGACGUGUUGGCAAAUCAGUCAAAGCAUGAAGGGAUUAUCCUUACUCGCAAGGCGUCUGAUGUUGAACUGGGUCUACCGUCUUUCGUAGUCAAUUACGACGAUGUUGCCUCAUUGACGAAGUUCCUCGAUGAAAACAAAGUUGACACUAUCAUAAGUGCUUUCGGCAUCAACAAGACCUCGUUGUCCCGUUCUCAGAACAACUUGAUUAAGGCAGCUGAUGCAUCGUCCGUUACUCGACGCUUCAUCCCUAGCUCUUUUGCUAUCAAAUACCCAGAGGAUGGCCCGGCAAUUCUCCCUCUUCUACAGUCUUAUUUUGACUCAAUCGAAAUGCUGCGUAAUAGUGGUUUAGAAUGGGCUGUUGUCCAUAACGGAACGUUCUUAGACUACUUCUUUCCUCCGUCCGGUAUCAAGACUUAUUACAACCAUGGCACCCUCGUGGUGGAUAUGCUCAACAAUUCGGCUGCCAUUCCGGGCACAGGCGACGAAGUUUUGGCUUUUACAUAUACUUUUGAUGUCGCAAAAUUCGUUAUCGCGGCAGUUGACCUUGAGUCUUGGCCAACCGAGUUGCGGAUCAUCGGUACAAGGCUGACUUUCAAUGAACUGAUUGAGUUAGCCGAAAAGGCCAAGGGAAAGAAGUUUACAGUUACGUACGAUAACUUGGACAAAUUGAGAAGGUUCGAGAUAUCGGAAUUGCCGGGACAUGAGAAGGAUUACCCCAAGUUUCCCAAGGAAGUCCUCUUACCUUUCCUCUCCAUUUUCGAAAGGUGGAUGGCUGAGGGUCAUGGCGACCUGGAAUACCGGGGCUCUUUGAAUGAGAUGUUCCCUGACAUUGAGACACUUACGGCGCAAGAGCUAAUGGAGGUCUACUGGAAGGUGGGAUAGCUUACGCUAGUUAAAAGCAACAUUUGCUUUUUUUUUGUCUUCACAGGGUGCUAUUUACUGAUCAGAUUCCAUAUUUUCAAUAAUCCAAUAUAUAGGUGCUUUGAGUACUGGUGAAUCAGAAAGACACGACCAACAGGUGGGACUUGACACCCAGCUCGGAUCGAUUUGGCGUCCGAAGUAUGAACCUGCAUCUAACUGAAGAAGUCAUGGGAUAUUCAGAAUCUGUAAUUAGAGGAUUGUCGCAAUACCACCUAUUUCGUUCAUUCCCG